AUGUGUCACUCAAUAGGGCUCCAGCUCACCACUACUCAACUCAUUCAAACCCAUAUACUAGAAAGAGUGCUCACUGGAGCCACAUCUGGCCAUCAAACACCGAACGCAGGCGACAGCCACGCCAACGAAAUGGACGUGACGGCUAUCCUUGGGCUCGAAGUGCAAAACACAAAGACGGCACGCGACCUCGAAGAGCAGAAGCAAGACACAAAUCGCUUGCUCCUCAAAGAACCCAAGUGGACAGAAUCUGCAGUCAAUCCGCAGUGUAUGGUCAAUGAUAUUGGGCUAUCAUCGGCCUCCACGCUGUCGCAGCAUGACCUUGCCGACAAGCUUAAGGAGUCUCGGGAACAAAAUGCGCAGCUGAGACGUAAGAUGAAGGAACAGGAGGAUAUUAUCCUCAACCUCGAACAAUCCCACAAAGAAACAGUCCGCCGGUGUGCACAACGCUUAGCAAAUAUUCCGCACAAGCGUCAGAAACAGGCAAAAAGGAUCGCCGACCUCGAGUCCCGAAAAGAAAGGCUAGUCAGUGAUCUCGCGAAACAGACAAAGAAGACCGUCGACCUUCAGUGCCUAAGGGGAAUGCGAGUUCGUGAUCUUAAGAGACACGAAGAGAUGAUCGCCGACCUCCAGUGCCAAAAAGCAACGCUAGUUGGUGAUCUCGAGAAACAGAAAAAGAUUGUCGCCGAUCUCUACUGGCAAAAAGAAAUGUUAUUUCGUGAUCUCGGAGAACAAGGAAAGAUGAUCGCCAAUUUCCGGUGGCAAAAAGGAAUGUUAGUUCGUGAUCUCGAGAAACAGGCAAAGACGAUCGCGAACCUCCACUACCAACAAGGAAUGCUAGUUCGUCACCUCGGGAUACAAGGAGAGACACUCGCCAACCUCCAGUACCAAAAAGGAAAGCUGGCUCGUGACCUCGGGGAACAGAAAAAGAAGACUGCCGACGUCGAGAGCCAAAAGGCAAGGCUAGUUCGAGAUCUCGAGAAACAAACCAGCAUAGCGUCUGCGCUAGAAACACGAGACAUGAAGGUGGAGAAAGUCAUCUAUCACAUUGCUAGCAUAAUGUACUCGGAGCUCGAGUACCAAGAACAACUGAUCAGCAAAACGAAACCAGACGGUGUGGAGUCUCUCGAGUUAAUCCGUAAUACACUGAAGGAUCUGGUUGAAACCACUAUCAGCAAUGACGAGCAUUCGGAUACGAUGCUCAAUCAUGAAGAUGAGCCGCAGUUUGAACAGGUAUAUACGGACAUAUUAUCUCGAUUCAGAGACAUACUCGCAAGACAGGCAAGGAAGCUCGAUGUACAGAAAGGCAUCAUUGACGAACAAACACGCACUAUCUUUGAACUUGAGGCGCAGAAACGGAAAGUUGCUAGCGAACUUGAGGAACAAACUGGAAAGUUGGCUUUGACGCUUGAAUUCUUCGGAGAGGAUAGUGGAGAAUACGCUUGUCUCUAG